AUGGCUCUCUGUGUUUGCAAAUGCUUAAAUGUAAUUUUAGAAUGUGAUGAAAUAGAGGAAAUAACUGAUAUCGGGAAACUGGAAUUAUCUUUGACGGAACAAAGGGAUAUUUUUUUCAAUGAGAAAUUAGUGUCAUGUCCUGCAAGCUCAUUAAAAACGCAUAUAGUGCAGCCAGCUUUGAUUGGACAAUAUAUUGUUGGUCGUUACAGUAUUCUAUCAUGCUUAGCAUGUGGACAUUCAACACAUGCUAUAUUGAAUGAGAAAAAUAUUGUGUUCAUUAAAAUGUCUCUUCAAACUACUAUGGAGCAUAUAAAUAACAUGAAAAAGUCUGAAAACUUCUCUCCAGUAUUCAACCUGUUAGUGCCAGAAGUAACAAGUGAUAUUGAUAUGAAAGAAAAUGUAGAUACAAAUAACCAGUUAGUUAGUGAUAGAAAUGGUUGUUCCCCAUCUUUACAAGUAAUUGGAACACUUAGGAAACAAUUAAACCAGACCUUACAAUCACGGUUAGAAGCUAUAGAAGAAACUGUAAGGCAGUUUAAAGAACAAAAAUAUGCAGAAUAUGAAGCUUAUAGAGCAAGAGCUCAAAGAGACCAUAAAAUUUUAUCUAGUGUUAUAAGUAAAGCAAAAAGCAAUAUUGAUAAAGAUGUUUGGGCAAACAAUGCUAGUAUAGAUAAUGGACCACCAUCUCCACUCCCACCACUACAGAGAAGAAGACUGUCUUCAAUUAAAGAUGCCAAGAAAUUCAAUCAAAAUGUUAAGUCGAGUGCUCAAAUUCCACAUGAGGAAGAUUCAUUAGAAGCUGAGGAUAUCUUUGAUUUAGAGGGCAUGGACUCGCGUCACUACAUGGCCUCUGACCAGGAUGAUUAUGACUCAGAUGAAGGCAGUAACGAUGAGGGUAUCCACGUAGGGCGCAGCCGGGGCGUCCCCGUCGGCGACAUAGCGCGAUCCCUUCCAAUAAACAUGCCAUUCCCCAUAGAACGCCCUUCUACCAGGGAGAUUGAUGAUUUUGAGGAGCCUCAAGACAUAGCAGCGAGUAUCAAGGCGCUGGCGCGGUCAGUGCACGGCGAUGUGUUCGAGCUGCCGCGCCCGCGCUUCUCCACGCAGAUC